AUGACUAUAUCCACACUUAUAGAUAAGAGCUGUCUAUAUUGUGGCAAAAGUGACGCCAAGAACCGCUGCGGUCGCUGCCGGCGCGUCUACUUCUGUAACCGGGACUGCCAACGCCAAAGUUGGUCUAAUCACCGUCUUACAUGUCUACCGUCGUAUAUCGAGACGGAUCACACAUCUUGCGGCAUCACACAGCUCACUAAAGCACCCUAUGCUACUGCUGGCUUAGUAAAUACUUUGCCGUCAAAAUGCGUGCGUCUUGUGACGAAACCCAUGCAGGUCGUGGAGAUUCCUGUCGAGACCGCAGAAGCAAGCUUGAAAUCCCAGAAGAAGAGCAAAAAACACAAGAAAAAGCGCAAAGCUCGUAGCAAUAGCAUGCAUGUGGCCUCUACUAGUGUCCCGCUACCAGAGCGCAAGAACCGCUCGGCAUCAUUGGGCGCGAAGAAGCACAUCAUAUGGGGAGAUGUACACGCACGAGAAUUCACUCGCUUCCCGGGCGGCGGCAGCGCUGUGCCUUACGAUGGAACUUGGGCCUUAGGUCUUGGUAACAAAAUUGCAGACAUUGAACUUGGUAGUGUGAUUGAGGUUGAUCAAUUACGAGAACUUGAGCUGCAAGAACGGGCCAAGAAACUGUCCAAGUCCAAGCGACGUGAUGUUCGCGUGGGCGAAACUCGCCAAUUUGAUUACCGACAAGGUGUAGACAAUCCGCUGUUUUCGAGAUUGAGCGAGGAUGAACGCAAAAAGGUCUUCACUCAAUUACAAAUGCCUUUAGUCAAUGGAGCAAGUGAGCUUGAGUUGCCGUCGUUUCCUGAUCGACGGAAGUCGCGGCAAAAAUGCUUGACUGGAUCCACGUCAAGUAUUGACUUUGCUAAAGAGAUCGAUUCAGCUGGCGAUGUCGUGUCAAGCACGCCGGAUUUUGGGUGUGUCUCUAUAGAGCAGCUUGACGAGUUUGCAAAGAUUCGCGAUUCUCGUGAUGGAGCAUGUGGUUGUUCGUGUGGAGAGCUGGUGAAGAAGGUGGCCAAGAUGAAUGUGAAAAAGCUACGAGCGUUCUUACAAGAACAUAAAGUGCCAAUUUCUGGUACUGGAAAGACUGAGCUUAUGGCGGCAGCUAAAAAGGUGGCGCAUGACGUGAAGAAUUGUGCCAAUGCCGACACGGACUGCGAGUGUGCACGCAACGGCGUUCCGUGCCACUCAGACGUUUGUGAAGGCUGCGCUGGUGACUGCCACAAUCCGUUUCAACGAUACGAGUACAAGAGCACCGAAGUGAAUCAGUAUCGAAAAAUGCAGCUGAUUAAAUGGCGCGAAAUGCAACAAUCCGUUGGAGGUGCUGCGUCCAUUUGUGUUGCUUAA